AUGCUGGCCAAAUAUCCCCACGACGUAACCCUCCCCACCUUCACCAAGCACGACAUCAAAGCCCAAGCACCAGAACGCCGCGAAGCACGCAGUGUCGCUCAAGCCUGGCUCGACAAUUUCUUUUCUUUCUUAUCCAGCAAUAAUGUCUUAAUGCUUCCUGCCCUCCUCCAUGCUGACAGCUGGUGGCGCGACUUUCUCACACUGACCUGGGACCUCCGCACAAUCCGCUCUUUACCCAACAUAACAUCCUUCCUCAAUGACAAUCUAUCCAAGACUCAGUUUUCUUCAAUUCGCCUCGAAGAUGAGUCUCACCCUUUCGCACCUCAUUAUGAGACGCCACUUGAGGGUCUAGAGUGGAUUGUUUCACUCUUUCAUUUUGAGACCAAGAUUGGAAGGGGAAAGGGCGUGUUACGACUCGUACAAGGAGACGAUGGCACCUGGAAAGCUCAUUUUCUUAGUACGGCGCUACUGGAGUUGAAAGGACAUGAGGAGGCAACCGGCACGCGGAGAAAGCACGGAGGGAACAAUGCUUUGGACGGGACUUCGGGAGGCAUGAAGGGCGGCCUGAACUGGCAGGAGAAACGCGACAGGGAGAAAGAGUUUUCAGAUACAGAGCCGGACGUCUUUGUCGUUGGUGCGGGUCAAGCUGGCCUCAACGUCGCUGCUCGGCUCCAAGCACUCAAUAUGUCCGUCUUGGUCGUUGACAAGAAUGAGCGUGUAGGGGAUAAUUGGCGGCACCGGUACCGCACGCUUGUCACACAUGACCCGGUGCAGUACACCCACAUGGCAUACAUGCCCUUCCCCUCGGCCUGGCCGCUCUUCACCCCCAAGGACAAACUAGCAGACUGGUUUGAGAUCUACGCCUCCGCCCUAGAACUCAACGUUUGGACUUCGUCUACUAUAUCCUCCGCCUCCUACUCAGACGUAGAUGCAAAAUGGACUGUGAUCGUCACGCGAAGCGAUGGUAAAGAAAGAACCCUACGGCCCGCACAUGUUAUCUUCUGCACUGGACACUCCGGCGUGCCCCUCAUUCCUACGUUCCCAGGCCAGGACACGUUCAGAGGAACAGUAUAUCACGCAUCGCAGCACAAAGAUGCUUUGCAGCAUGCCGAGUCUCUCGCUGGCAAAAACGUCGUGGUUAAUCAAGGUAACUCCGGUCAUGACAUAGCACAAAAUUAUCACCUCGCUGGCGCCGCCUCAGUCACCAUGCUGCAGCGCCGCGGCACCUACGUGAUCCAAGCCUCGAAAGGCCUCUUCAUGCUGCACGAAGGCAUGUACGAGGAGAACGGCCCGCUGCUCGAAGACGCCGAUGUGUUUGCCAACUCCCUGCCCAACGCUGUGCAAUUCGCUCUCAACGUCGCCCUCACCAAGCGCAUCCGGGCCGCAGAAAAAGAGAACCUCGACGGCCUGUCCCGCGCUGGCUUCAACGUCGACUUUGGACACGACGGCUCCGGCAUCUACCGCAAGUACAUCACGCGCGGCGGCGGGUACUACAUCGACGUCGGCUGCAGCGCGCUCAUCAUCUCCGGCAAAAUACAAGUAGUUCAGUCCCCCAACGGCAUCGAAUGCUUCGAUGAAAAUGGCCUUGUCCUUGCGCCCGGAGCAAGCUCCACCAGUUCCACACACCUCCCCGCUGAUGUCGUCGUCCUCGCAACCGGCUACGCAAAUAUGCGCACCAGCGUGGCCGCGACCUUCGGCGAGGCCGAAGCCGCCCGCUGCAAAGACGUCUGGGAUCUAGAUGAAGAAGGGGAAGUCAAUGCCAUGUGGCGCCCGACAGGGCAUCCGGGGCUGUGGUUCAUGGGUGGGAACCUCGCGCUGUGCAGAGUCAUGAGUCGGUACCUUGCGCUACAGAUCAAGGCGCGGGGCGUGGGGCUGGUUUGA